AGCUUCAUGUAUUUCAAAGUGCCUAGUGUUGCUUUGCUCAAACGAAAGUUCCCAACACUCGCGUCGAAUAAGCGUUCUAUUUGUUUAUUUUCGCUUUGUUUGAAGCUUGGCAGAAGGCCUUCACAACUCAGAGCGGAAAGACACGCGUCCGCUUGCCUCUCUCCCCCAAAACACAAACUAGUUCUGUGAUUCGAGACCCUUCAAAUUUAACCUUUAUUUACGCACAGGAGGCGAAUUGAAACAAUGGCUUCUUUUCACCCUCGCGAUGCUUUCAUCCUCCAUCAGGAGCACAUCCAGCGCAUGAAUGAGGGCGAUGAAGUCGACACGUCGGAGGAGCAAAAGGUGCAGAUUGACCUGCAGCGAAUUACGGAUAACGAGUCUUCCGCCGUAGUGACCUUCUCCCACGAGGAUCACACUCUAGGCAACCCACUGCGUCACGUGCUCAUGCAGAAUGCAGCGGUUACCAGUGCAGGCUACGCCAUCCCGCAUCCUUUAGAGCCGAAGAUGCUGCUUCACGUGCAGGCCUCCGACUACGCCGUGGAGGCAGUGGCAAACGGACUGGAACGCUUAGCUGCCAUUUGCGACGAAACAAUAAUCAGCUUUGAUAAAUGCAUGCUCGAGCAGCACCGCAUGGCCGCCUCUGCGCAAGAGGCGUAA